AUUUUCCCCCAGAUUCACAAGCUAGUGUCAGUUAGACAGUCGAGCCGAGCGUUUCGUUUAGGAACAAGCUGCGUUCCUCCGGGAAAGUGUAUUUAACGGUGUCUGCAUGUUUUUGGAGGCUUUCCACUGAAGAUAGCAGAUAUCUCUAGUCGAUUUUGUGCAGGUGUCAGGCGAAAAGUGAUUUAUGGGGUCGCCUUACCUGUGAGGGUGCUUGCGGAAUUUUGGAGCUGCGAUUUGGCGUUUGUAGCACAAAGCCUCAAUCGAUCUUUGUGAGUGUCAAUGUGUUUGCGAUAAGAUUCGAAGAAGAUCGGUUAGAAAGGAAAAACAAAACGUUCAAGUGAACGUUAAACCAUAUUGCGGUCGUUUGGUAUGCCAGAAAGAAGGUUACAAACGGGGACGUUGAACGAAUGACGGUCUACCCAGUAGGUGCGAGAAAUAAAAAUCAUUAACCCUAAGCCAACAGAAUGUCACCCUUCGAUAAACACUGCGCUAGAAUUGUGGGGGUAAAAUGUGUUGACGAAUCCUGAGUGUUGUUUACGCGUCCUUUAUUUCUGUGGAAUGGCAAGUAGAAGAGAAAAAUCGAAGGUCACUAUCUGAAGGAAUAGAAUAGAAACUGCGCGGAACGGAAUCAAGGAAACGGUAACAAUAGCACAACGUGAAAAAUGAAAACCAUAAAGUGAGCAGAGCCCGCAGCGAAGCCCAACAGAAGAUUGGGAAGAAUCAGUGCGCUUUGUGACGUUCGUCUGUAGGGAAACGAGCGGAAAAGUUAUUAAUAUGAAAAGAUGAUUGAGUGUGGAAACUGUGAAAAUUUGAUUAAUUGAAUGUGAUUUGCGGCAGCCAACAAACCGACUGGUAGAGAAAAAAGAAAAUAAAAGAUAAAAAAAAAACACUCCGGAAAAGCCGUCCUUUCAAAUGGUAUGCUAAAUAGCGCUGGUAAGGGCGCGCUUUAGCCAAGAAAAACUGCCGAGGAAAAACGUGAUCCUGCUGGUGUGAAGAGAGGAAAAUUAAUGAUAUUACACUGUUGAAUAGAGCGCGCGCUUGUUUGCUGCGAGUGUGGCGUGGAAGCAAAACAAAAGAUGCGAGCCUCGUCCGGGGAGUGGGUUUGAGAAUUACGUAGUGAUUAUCAUCAAAUUUGGUGCUUCUUUUCUUCCUGCCGGCUGUGUGGCUGAUACUUCUGUUUCUCGUUAGUGGAAAUGUGCGUGACGGACGUGAAUUUUUUUCCCGAAAAGGUGUCGGUAGACGGGAAAAUGUACGUUCGCUGUUUUCAGUCUGUUGGCAGCCUGUAGGGUAUAUAAAAAGCAAGAAGAAGCAAAAAAUUUGUAAGAAGCAGAGAGGUAGCUCACAUUGUGAACAAAAACCAAUUCGACGAAAUUCUCGAGAGUAGACGUUUCGGCCUGUUAAAUAUGGAUAAGCUCUCGGGGGUUGGUUCCGGCGCAAGAACGUUAGCUCUGGUGGCUAUUUUCCAGCUGCUCCUGGUGCUGCAUAAUGCUGAAGCGCUACAAAAUCCGCGCAUUAUCGAGCACCCGAUUGACGCUACAGUGCCUCGACAUGAGCCUGCCACACUGAAUUGCAAAGCAGAGGGCCAUCCACCGCCCAGCAUCCAAUGGUACAAGGACGGAGCACCCCUGAAGAUUUUGCCCGGCUCACAUCGAAUAUUUCUGCCGGCCGGCGGACUAUUUUUUCUGAAGGUCGUAAAUUCGCGCCGUGAAAGUGACGCCGGGGUGUACUGGUGUGAGGCGAAGAACGAGAAUGGGGUGGCCCGUAGCCGAAACGCCACUCUACAAGUAGCAGUUCUGCGAGAAGAGUUCCGCCUGGAGCCGCAGCACACCCGGGUGGCACAGGGCGAAACAGUGCUGCUGGAGUGUGGCCCACCGAAGGGCGUCCCAGAGCCGACGGUUGGAUGGCGCAAAAAUGGACAGAAGCUGGACGUGGAAACAUCGAAACGGAUCCGCAUUGUGGACGGUGGCAACCUGGCCAUUCAGGAUGUUCGGCAGACCGACGAGGGCCAGUACCAGUGUAUCGCAAAAAAUCUGGUCGGUAUGCGGGAGUCGGUGAUGGCGUUCCUGAAGGUUCACGUGAAACCUUUUCUGAUACGCGGACCACAUGAUUCGACUAUUGUGGAAGGUUCUUCGGUGACGUUUCAAUGUCGCGUCGGAGGUGACCCAAUGCCGGAUGUACUUUGGCGACGGUCUGCGUCUGGUGGCAAUAUGCCUUUGGAUAGGGUUCAUAUUUUGGAAGAUCGCAGUCUAAGACUGGAGAAUGUGGUUUCCGACGAUGAAGGAGAGUACAGUUGUGAGGCGGAUAACGCUGUUGGCGCGAUUUCUGCAACGGGAACUUUGACUGUUCAUUCUCCUCCUCACUUGGUGCUGCGACCACUUCCGCAGGUUGUCGAAGCUCCACAUGAUGCCUCGUUUGAGUGUAAAGCGGAAGGACGACCCAAACCAACCACCUUUUGGUCCAUCGAAGGAAACCGUUCGCUAAUAUUUCCAGGAAGCAAGUUCGACCAUUUCGAAACAUCUCGUACUGUCGAAGGAUUGACUGUGCUGACGAUACCAGCGACUAGCAAGGCGGACAAUGGGCUGGUAGUCGUCUGCAGUUCUGUUAACUCUGUAGGAUCGAUCAGCGUUCGGGCCCGACUUACAAUCGCUUCCCAGGAUGAUCGUCCUCCACCAAUUAUCAUCCUAGGUCCGACCAAUCAAACUCUUCCGGUAACAUCCGUCGUAGCUCUGCCUUGCAGAGCUGUUGGCAACCCAACUCCCAUUAUAUCGUGGUACUUGGAUGGAAACCCCGUGAUUAAUUCUGAUAGGAUUAACACGACAGAAAAUGGAACGCUCAUAAUCCACGAUCUGGACAAGGCAACCGAUCAAGGUCUGUACACCUGCGUGGCUAGCAGCCGUAGUGGAAAGUCCACGUGGAGUGCGUACCUACGACUGGAGGCUCCUACGAACCCGAACAUUAACUUUUUCCGAGCACAUGAACCGAGCGCUUUUCCUAGUGCCCCUGGAAAGCCGCAGGUUGUAAAUAUCACCAACAGUUCGAUUACGAUUUCAUGGUUACCGAGUAUCAAAUCUGGGGCUUCCGAUAUCAACGGUUACCUUAUCGAGGUGUUCGCGACCGAUCUGGUCAAAGGUUGGAUACCCAUUCCGUACAAGAUAUCUUCCACAAGCUACACGUAUUCGCCGGUCGCAGCGGAUGUUUCCUAUACCUUUAUUGUUCGAGCGGAGAACGACCAGGGGUUGGGGAUUCCUAGUCUAAUGUCGGACCCGGUAAUUAUCGGACGAGACAUCAACCACGAUGAUGACAUUAGUUUGAGCGAAGCGCAAGCAACUCUAUCCACGGGGAAUGUCGUCAAUCUACUGGAAGCUAAUGCAUCCGAUUCGACCAGUGUUCGAUUGGCUUGGGAUAUUGUUAACGGUCAGUACGUGGAAGGGUUUUACAUCUACUCCAGGAAGAUACUUAGCAAUGGAACCUACCGAACACUAACGGUGCUGCACGGUGGAGGAGCCUCGGCGUGCACUAUUAACGGUCUGGAGAAAUACACAGAGUAUGAGUUUUUCCUAGUGCCAUUCUACAAGACUAUUGAGGGUAGACCUUCGAACUCAAGGACCGCGCGAACUAUGGAGGAUGUUCCAAAUACGGCACCUGUCAAUAUGGAAGCUGUACUGUUGAAUACCUCUGCCGUCUAUUUGAAGUGGGAGCCACCCGCCAAUCACACUCUCAAUGGCAAACUAAAACAUUACCACAUCAUCAUACGUGGCUACGACAUUCAUAAUUUAUCGAAAGUGCUAACCAACAUGACCGUCGAUGGGGACUCGCCGAAGCUGCUGUUGGCCAACCUCUCCGCUGGGGUGACAUAUUCGGUCAGCAUAGCUGCCUCCACUCGCGUUGGCAUUGGCCCCUUCAGUGUUCCCUCCAUCCUUCGGCUCGAUCCCCACACCAAACGGCUGGAUCAAGGUUACACCCGGUAUCCAAUAAAUCACGACUACUCACACGAUAUCCUCACGCAAACCUGGUUCAUUAUACUGCUCGGUUCGAUCAUUGCCAUCGUUGUGUUCCUGUUCGGGGCCACCGUCAUCUUCCGGCGGAUUCAGUUCAUGAAGCACAGCUCGUUAAACAGCAUGCACGGAAAUCACGCAAUCGGAACUGUGCGUAAAUUCCCCACGCUACCACUGAAUCCGAAUGGCGUCUGGAUCGAUCCCGGUGGCGGUGUUUGGAGACAAGCAUCGGAAGUUACCAAGGAAGCAAUCACGGACUACGCGGCGGUCUCCAAUGCUCCAACAUUACCGCUACCGGACUAUGAGAGACUAUCGCCCCUUAACAUGCCCGAUUACGCCGAGGUCGCCGGAUGUUCAUCGUUCAAAAACGACCUCGGCGGAUCUCCGUCGUACGAUAAUUACGGUGCGUACGCUUCCACCACGCUGGUCGGCCGUAGCACCGGGAACCAUCCGGGGGCAGCGACCGGAUCUGCGACGACUGGUACGGCCUUUACGCCCAACCAGUUUGACGGGAAAAACCUGUACUCGGCUCCGACAAGCUGCCAUUACAAUAAUUUCAUAAAUCAACAUCAACAGCGACAUCAGCAACAACUGCACCAGCAGCAGCCCGGUGGCGGGGGCAGUGGUGCGGAUGUCAAACGUCCGGGUGGUGCAUAUGGAGGCAGCAUCAAGAGUCAGAAAAUGAACAUCAUCGAGAACCGGAUGGCGGACAUGAUGAACAACCUGGGUCACAGUCAGACUUCGGUGGCAUCCGCGGCGGCCAUACCCAGCUCACCGUACGGUGGCUCCAGUGUCAGUAAUCUGAAUACAAACAGCAGCAGUAAUCUACUUCCGGCUGGGGGCAGCGCCUCCGGAGCUAGUGUGAGCGUACCCCACACGCCCCUCUUCGGUACCAUCAAGCGAACAACAAAAUACAACAAAAUAGGCUACAAUAAGGAUAAUAAACUCAAUUUCGGCGAUAGUGGCCGCUCGUCGGAGCAACCAUUGUUCAUCAAGUCCAAGUACGACGGAACGUGGUCCUCGGUUCCCAGCACGGUUGCCUCGUCGGCAAACAGUAUAAAUGUGAUUAAUAAUUCGCCAUAUCACCAGCAGCAACAGCAUCAGUCCCAGCAGCAGCUGCUAGCAACGAGUCAUCAUCAUCAUCUUCAUCACCAGCCGCAUCAGAGUCCGGGCCAGCUUCACGGUGGGAAAACGCAUAGCAGUGCGAACAUUUUGGAUCCGCUUCCGACAACGCAAACAAAUAAUUUAGAUAAUCAACAAAUGCAGAACAAUAAUCCUUGCGGCGGUGGUGGCGGCAGUGGCAGCGGUGCCAGCAGCGCCAGUAGCAACGCCAGCAGCAGCUCUCAGAAUUAUUUGAGCAGCUUCGGCAAAACGGAUAACGUGUAAAGCCUUAGAGGAGAGGUUGGGUGUAGUGAAGAACGAGAUGGGCUUCACGAGUACAUGUUUGGGUUUUUCGAUGGCUAUGGGUGAGAUGUUGAUUCGUCGGAACGCUCUUACUGCUGGAUGCACAACCAACAGAGAGUAGAACGGUAUAAAUUGUAAGUUUUGCUGGUUUAUAGUGAGUUAUGUGUGCUACGCAAGCUCUUGUGACAAUUAAAACAAACAUCAUCGAACAUGAACAUGUCAGAUCUGCUGGCUUGCGUUUCUAACGGUUUUGUUGAAUAUCUAAAUUAUGUUUGAAUCAUGGCUAAAUGAUUCACUGUUAUGUCAACAUCCGUAGAUAUUGACACUUUUCACCUUAAUUUUGAAAUGGGACGUAAUUUUUGAUUAUUCAGAAAUCAAAUUUUCGCUAGACAUAAAAAUAGGGUAGCGAACGGCUUCGGCAGUAGUUUUCUUCGGCAGGUUUUCUGCAGCAACCUUAUGCAUAAAUCUGUCGAAGAAAACCACUGCCGAAGCCGUUCGCUACCCCACCACGGAUUAAAAUAAUAACUCAAACAAGCUCCCCCGAAACGUAAUUUUGGGUCUAAUUUACACUUCUUGGCAUGAAAUUUUCUUACUAAAAUUGGCCAAUCAAUUAAUUCGUCUUUUUAAGUCGCAUCGAAAAAUAAAGUUGUUUCACAAGGGUAUGUCAAAAGCCUUGAAGCCUAAUUGUUCUAUUUUAUAGCAAAGUGCUGUUCGUGGGUGAUUUUAUAACAAAUUUUCAAAGAUCAAGUUCGAUAAAGUCAUGAAGAGUUGCUCCAAAUUCAAUAUUUGAAAAAAUGUAAUUAUUAAAGUGAAACUGGACGGUGGCUUUUUGCCAUAUAUUUUUAAGGUUAGAUUUCUCCUCACUUGACGAUUUUGAGCGUGGAAAUCUCAGCCUCCACCCAAUGAAUAUCGCUCGAAUUUAUACUCUAUGCAUGCGUCAGCGGUACAGGCAAUCGAUCAAAAUUUUACACACGCAAUUUUGAUGAUUUCUGAUAGAAUUAUCUUUAAAAAAUCGGGCGAAAUUCCAGUCCGGAGUUCCACCUUAAGUGCAUUGUUAUCAAUUUUUGAAGACCUCAUACAACUAACGACCUCGUUUGGAAAAAUUGCUCGUGAUUUAACCAAAUAUGCUUCUUUCGCUGAGUUUAAAAUUCGUACCGAUGAGCAUCGUCAUUCUUUAAGCUUUGUACCUUUCUUCCUCUAAAAUCAAAGCAAAGCCUUGGCGCUACAUUCCGAAUCACCUUCUGUUUAUUAUACACAGAGUUUGCAACCAACUAUAAAUGUACAGUACAUUUGCGGGGCUAGCGCUGCGAUCCUUAUGACACUAACAGUCUCUCCCGAGCCGAGACUCGAACCUACGACGAUUGGCUUGUUAGGCCACCGUACCUUGGGACCAACUGGAAUGUCAUUAUUUUUCAUGCUCUACACGAUAAAAUGUAGGCAACAGUGAGGCAGAUUCGGUGUUGUACGCCAUGCCUCAUUCUUCUUCACAUGGUUCAAUAAAAGGAAAUUCUUGUUAAAUACGAAUAUUAAACGCGUGAAAUUUGAGACGAUUUUUUUAAAGUCAUCUUUUGACAACUUUUCUCUAGCUCUUGUCUUUACUGUACGUCAAUGAGCCGCAUGUGAGUUCGAGAGCAAAAACGUGAACGUUACUGGACUUAAGGAAGUUUAUGUUAGAAAUGCUGUUUUUCUUCGAGAGUACCCGUUUUGAUUUGUUUGAAAGAGUUUUAGGCAACCAUUUUGUUCAUAUAUUCGAUUAAUUAUUAUUUGAUAGAAGUGAGUUGACCGCUUUAAUUGAAAAUCACUUUUUGUUUUUUAAAUCAAGUUUUUUUAGUGUAGAACUCUAACGUUUAUGUUUGUUGAUUAAUUGUUUAUUUCUAAAAGAAAAUUCGUACAAAAAGUCUUUCUUAACAAUUUCUCCCUAUCUCUCGUAAUUAUUUAGGAACACUACCCAUCCUAAACUUGGAAUUGCUUCACUGAAUAUUGCAGUACCCAGUUGGAAUAUUAAGCCUCUUUCCAAAAGUUUAAGGAUUACUUGGAAUACGCAGAUAUGUCGUGUUUCCAACAACCUAGUAUUUAACAAAGUUUUUUUUUCUUUACUAGAGAGGCUUUAAGCUUUUGGCUGGUUCGCCCAUUUAACAAAGUCGUUCAGAAGAUCGAGGAUUUUUAACUUAUCUCAAGAUUAUGAUCACCUACGAAACUGCGGUCUUUAACAAAGUUGUUCAAUAGAUCCAAAGCUUUUGGAUGAGGGACAGUUUCGAAUAGAGUCACUAUGGGGCACAUGAAUUUAGCCUAUUUUGGCAUUAACUUAUCCAGCGAUUUUCUCUUCCUCGAAUAUUGCGGACUUUGGCUACCUACACGGGCAAAAUCUUAGGAUCAACGAAAACCUGUUCAAAAAAGCACUUCUUUGGAAUGAAAACAUAAAAAUGUAAAUCAAAUACAAGAAAUAGGAAACAAAAAUAUUUUAAUUUCUGUGCCACGUAGUGUUCUUAGUUCUAACUAAACUGGUAAUAAAACAAUAUAAAUUUAUUCUGGAGCGUUUUAGUAGAAUGGAAUCGAAUAUUGAAAGGUAAUAUUUCCAUUUAGUUCUACUUCCAAAAAAUGGACCCUUUUUCAACGUCCACAGAUACGUACAUAUUUCGGUUGCUACAUACAACCAUCAUCGAUGCUAACGUGGACUGACAAUCCACUAAAUCACGUAGCCUGUUCCCAAUACACAAUGAAACAAAAACCCAUGACCUUCUGAACUAGAAGACCGCAGUCUUCUAAAAGGUUGGAUACACGAAAUAACAAACUUCAUCAUAAUCAGAAUCUUACGCACCUGAACAACUUUGCCGAGAUCAGUAGCUUUUUAAAUGAUUGUAUUAGCGAGAUUAAUUAUGUUCAAAAUGCUCAAAACUUCAUGCACACUAGUGUCGUAUGUAAUGUAACGUAAUGUAGGUACCGUGGAAUUGGGUGAAAUUGAUCAGUGAGGUGAAAUUGAUCACCUGAAAAUUCGUGAUAAAAAAUACUAAUCAAAAGAUAUUGCUCUUACAACACUAGGCAAUGUUAACAAUAAACAAUAAACGCAAUAAACGCAACAAAUAAGUAGUUGUAAGUUUACUUCCCCUUUUUUGACAAGUAGGUUUAAAUCCCUACGAAUGAUAAGUCCUAAUUGCGAAAGCAAACAAAUCCUAUCAAUUAAAAUUACAAAUUUCUAACAGUGUUGAGAAGUCACCAUUUGUGUUUGGACACACAUACUCAUUAUUUACUAAUAUUCAUCAUAAAUACUUAAGCUACUAACAAAUCCCCCCCUUAAAAAAACCAAAAAAAAACUAUAAACGCAAUAAACGCAACUUAUGCAUGAUUCACAUACCUGUCAGAGUUAUCCCUUGCAUGCCCGGUGCAAUUUUUCUUAUUUUCGAAAAAUUCUUCUAACUCAGUCAAAACUCAAUCAAAUUUGAUCAAACAAGUUUCCAAAUAACAAAAAAAGUAUUGGAUUUACUUGAAGUAAUCUUAGUUGAGGGUUAAUUACGUUAAAUUUGGAGAAGUGAGUAAAGUUUGAUAAAAGCUCAAAAAAUGUAAUUUUCAAGAAUGAUUAUUCCAUACCAUUAAAGAAAUACUGAUGAAUUCGCAGGAAACCACAAUAAUAAUUUCAGAACUAGUUUUUUAACUUUUGCAACAAACCGAAUUGAAAUUGGUCUAACGACGAUCAAAUAAAAGCAAAUUUAGCAACAAGCAGCUCGUGAACCAAAAUAAACAAAUUUUAACCUGAAAUAUCGUUAUUUUCGUUUCCAAACUAGCUGUAAAUGAUAUUUUUCAAAACAGAAAUCUUCAUUUAUCUUUAGCAUAUAAAAAAAAAACACAUUGCCAAAAGAAUGUAUGGAUUUCAAUGGUGAUCAAUUUCACCCCAAUUUACCUCAUAGAACCUUAUAGACUCAUCGAAUUUAUUUUAUGAAGUAGACGAUAGAAAUUUCACCAAUAGCCAUAGAGGUUUACCGGAGCACAUACCAGUACUUGUUUUAAAAUUAUACUAUUUCGGGAAAAAUGUACAUGAAGCUAGUUAAUUGGAAAUUGUUAUAAAAACUGAUUAAUUUCACCCCGUUCCAUGGUAAUGUAAAAAGUUGUUACAAAGAGACUACUGCUACUUUCCAAUAGAGGCGCUUGGCCACUACAGUGCUUCAUAGAUAUACAUCUUGAACACUUGAAAUAAAAAAAAAUUCUAGAUUCAAAAAAAUAUAUAGGGUACCGGCUCUCUUAUCGUCAGGUUCGUCCAAUUUUCGUCCGGGGGGUUAAUGAAGUCAUAGAGAACUAAUAUUUUGUAGGAAGAUGGUCUGCAAUAUGAAGAACUACCACGCAAAAAAUUAACGCUCUAGAACAUCAUUCACCCCCAGACGAUCAUGGGAAAAACCUGACGAUAACAUCGAUGACCAAGGUACCUUUGUUAGAAUUUGAUAUUGUAUGUAAAAUGAGCGGUCUCAUAGUUCUGCCUUCUUUUCAACAUAACAGGAGCAAAUGAUGAUUUUUUUAAGUUAAACAAAUUUGAAAAAAAAUGUGCUGCAACAAUUUUAGCGUGAGAUUAACAUUCGUCCAGAUGCAAAACGUUAUUCUGCAUACUUUGUACUCGUCAUCCUUCACUCUUUCGAAUCGUACGCAAAUGAUAGGCGUAUUCAGUGUUGUUUGCUAUUUUUCGAUCUUCUCUUCAUGAAAAUGAAAUUUCGCUUAACAUCAGUUUUCAAUACGUGUUAGGCAGAUCAGAUACCCUUAGCACAUCAUUAUACAGCCUAUUGAUUUAGCACCCUUUCGGAAUUCUAAAAGCUUUGUCGGCCAAGCAAAUUUGCAGUCUUUGUUUUUUUUUUUAAAUUUAUCUGGACUAACAUUUGAAAAGGUAAUCCUUUUUUAAAGAAGUUUUUAUAUCUAAAUAAUGAGGAGAGAUAGACAAAAUUUGCCAAUGGAUGACUUCUAGAGAAUUAUAGGACACGACAAAGUUUUUAUUAGAGAACCUUUUUUUUUUCAUCAAGAGUACGCAACUUUAUGUAUUCAAAAGAAUUUUAGGCAAUUAUCUGUCUUAAAAAAACCUAUCUCAAAAAAAGUCCUCAAUGACAGCUUUUUCAAAAAUCACUUUUGUUUUUAGAAUAAUUUUUUCCAGUGUAGGAUCUCAAAUAAAUCCAGAAAUUCACUAGAAGUCAUCCCUUGAUAACUUUUCUCUAUCGAUUGUCAUUAUGCAAAUAUGUCGAUCAAACAUCAAACUUCAGACCUUCUCAAAUGUUAGCCCAGAAAAAGUUUUCAAUGAAAAAGUAAACAAAGUCGCUUGGUUUGGUAACAGAUCUACAGACCUGAAAAAUUUCGUUGACCUCUGAAAGAGUGCUGUCAACAUCUUAGACUUUCGAUACAUUGGUCAUGCUAAAUAACCGAACUAAAAACAAAGACAAUGUAGCAUUCAAUUUGUUUUCCACUAUAUAAAAUAUUCCUUUUACAAGUACAUAAUUUAUUUUAAAUUCAUACAGAUAUGUUUAAAUUCAUACAGAUACAAAAGCUCCUUGCAAUCUUAUCUGAAACAAGGUUACUCAAAAAAUAUCGCCAAACCGGCGUUUCGAAGUAAAUGAAUUACCUGAUUUAUUGAUAUUAACAAUAAAGAAAUAUAGGGUAAUAUAGGGUAAAUUAACCUAUAUGCGAAAAUUCGAGGGACUUUCAGAAAACGUUUGAAAACUAAUAGGUUAAUAAAGAAAAUUUGUCCACUAUGGGUAAUUUUUUCUAGCGCCCUACAUCAAGUUUCAAUUUCAACUGAUUGUAGCCUUUUUUCCACUAGGAAGGUCAGGCCAAUUUCAAUUCAAAUUUUGCCUCAUUUCGUAAUAAAUUUUGGAACAUGUUUUAUUCUAUUUUAACUCAAAUAUUCGAAAAUGAUGUAAUUAACCUAUAGUAAACCACUUUCCUAUAGUGGAUAACUCGUUAGAUUAACUCAAUUGCUUUUAACAUAAAUUAGAAUUUUUAGGUUAAAACUAUCUUGGAUUGACAACGUCAUUUGGUGGACCUUACCUUAACUUACCAAGCAGUCCCAAGCCAUGGUGUGGUCUUUGCUGAACGUAAGAGUCCUCUCCAUUCCACUCGAUCCAUAGCUGCAGUUUGCCCGCUUUGCAGUCUGCGUAGGGUCCGCAGGUAGUUUUCCACCUGAUCGAUCCACCUUGCCCGCUGUGCACCUCUCCGUCUUGUCCCUGACGGAUUGGUUUCAAAAACCAUCUUUACCAGGCUGUCGUCCGACAUCCAUACAACAUGCCCAGCCUACCGCAAUCUGCCUAUCUUAGCGGUGUGGACGAUAGAUGGCUUCCCAGCAGCUCCUGCAGUUCGUGGUUCAUUCGCUUUCUUCACACUCCGUUUUCUAUCUGCAGUUCGGGUUCGCCACAGAAGGCAGAAUCACGAAAGGCAGAAGCACGGAAGGCUGAAUCAUGAAAGGCAGAACUCUAUGACCGUACACAAACGGCAGAAUAUUUCAAAAGGCAGAAUUUGGAAGGGCACGAAAGGCAGAAUCACUGGUAGCAGAACCUGACUCACGAUAGCCAAGUGCGAAUCCUGGUCACGGUAGCAAAGCUGUUACUCUACAUUUAUUAUUUGAUAACCAGUUUUGAUGGAGGUGCAAAUCAAGCCUAAUUAUUAGAUCCGAAACGCGCCAACUGGUUUGGCUCAGGUCCUUAAGACUCUCACGGCAUCGCUGAAAGUAAUUUUUCGAUGUUAGAUAUAACUUACACUAGUCUCAGCGGCCUGUUGGUUAUAAUUAACAUAAAACAAUUCAUGCGGCGAAGACGCAUAAUCGAGGACAAGGAACCGAGGCGGCAUAAAGACGCCGUGGUUUCCGCGGUUCGAGCCGGCCGCCGACCCGCCGUCGGAAGCGGCGGCCUCUCGCAUACGAACAACUGAUCUACUGGUUUUCUACGAUUAUUCAAACAGGUUUUCUUUCCCUUAGUUAAGUCCGAACGAGCGGUAGCGAGUAAGGACAGCAUAAACUUGGACAAUAGAGUCAGCCAAAGGCCGCGAGUGUGUGUUGCCAAAAAGAAAAUAGACCAUUUUUUGGUUCUGCCAUUCGUGCUCUUUGAGAUUUUGCCAUUCGUUAUUCUGCCUUAUGAAAUAUUCUGCCUUUCGUAAUUCUGCUUUUCGUAAUUCUGCCUUUCGUGAUUCUGCCUUUUGAUUUUCUGCCUUUCGUAGGAGACCCCUGCAGUUCACCAAAGAUGGUACGCAACACCUUCCGCUCGAAGACCGCAAGGGCGCGUUGGUCCUCAACAAGCAUUGUCCAUGUCUCAUGCCCAUAGAGGACUACCGGUCUGAUUAGCGUCUUGUAGAUGGUUAACUUGGUGCGGCGGCGAAUUCUACUUGAUCGAAGCGUAUGCACGAUUUCCUGCCAUAAUGCGCCGUUGAAUUUCUCUGCUGGUAUCGUUGUCGGCAGUUACCAGUCAGCCCAGAUACACGAACUCAUCGACCACCCCGAUUCCAUCCCACCAACUUGAACUCGAGGUGGGAGGUUAGCACAGUCUUUCGGUGAACCCCUUUUUUUCAUAUAAUUCGUCUUCGAUGCAUUGAUGACCAGUCCAAUCCGUUUGGCUUCAGCCUUUAGACCGAUGAACGUAUCCGCCCUCUUCACAAAGAUCCUAGCCACAAUGUCGAUAUCGUCGGCGAAACCAAACAGUUGAACCGACUUUUGGAAUAUCGUGCCACUCGUGUUAAUCCUCGCUCUUCUAAUGACACCUUCCAGGGCAAUGUUAAACAGUAGGCACGAGAGACCAUCACCUUGACUUAGACCUCUUGGGUUUCGAAGGGGCUCGAGAGUGCCCCCGAAACUCGAACUACACACAUCACUCGAUCCAUCGUCGCUUUGACCAACCGCGUCAGUUUGUCCGGAAUUUGCCAUAGCUGUUUCCGAUCGACUGUGUCGUACGCCGACUUAAAAUCGAUGAACAAAUGAUGUGUGGGCACGUUAUAUUCGCGGCAUUUCUGCAUAGCCUGCAAACCGCGAAUAUCUGAUCCGUGGUGGCGCGGGCAUCGAUUAAUCCCGCCUGGUAGUGCCCCACGACUCUAGCCAGUGCUUUUCUACCGUAUUUUAAUAGCUCGCUGGAAAGUUGGUCCACUCUAGCAGCUUUAUUGUUUUUCAGCAGGCCAAUCUCCUCCUCCACCUCCAGGAGAUCGAGGGGUGGAAUCAUGAUGUUUCCUGCUCGUGCACCAAGUUCAGUUGCCAUACUGCCUCGCGCUCUACUACAUCGCCGUUUAGAUGCCCGUCGAAAUACUGCUUCCACCUUUCGAUCACCUCACACUCAUCUGUAAGGAGGUUGCCGUCCAAGCUCCUGCACAUAUCGGCUUGCGGCACGAAGCCUUUGCGGAAGCUGUUCAGCUUCUCGUAGAACUUCCGAGUGUCGUUAGCUUGGUACAGCUCUUCCAUCGCUACGCGAUCUAGGUCCUCUUGCUGGCGCUUCUUCCUUCGGAGGAUUGAGUUCUGGCUGUUCUAUGCCUGUCGGUAUCGUUCCACGUUCGCUCUCGUAUCAUUUCUAUGAUUCGGGGCCCUUCUACCUAGUAGCGCUACAGCAGUGAAUCGGAUGCUCCUCCAGCCAUUUUCAAGGGUAGCUGGGCCAAGCUGCUUUUCCGUGGGUAACGCUGCCUCCAGCUGCUGCGCGUAUUCUUGUGCAGCCUCGGCGUCCGGCAGUUGCUCAAUAUUUGUUCGCGGCGUUCGACUUCAGCGGGUGUUAUACACCGUCGAUAGUUUAAAGCGCAUGCACACAGCUACUAGGUAGUGGUCCGAAUCUAUAUUCGCACUGCGGUAAGUGCGAACGUUGAUGAUGUCGGAGAAGAACCUGCCUUCGAUCAGAACGUGAUCGAUUUGGUUCUCAGUCUGUUGGUCGGGUGAUCUCCAGGUGGAUUUGUGGAAUAAGGUACUUCGCACUACCAUACCACGGGAGGCCGCAAAGUUUACGCACCGAUGGCCGUUAUCAUGAGGCACGGCAUGCAAACUAUCUGGCCCGAUUACCGGUUUCUACAUUGCCUCCCGUCCUACCUUAGCAUUCAUGUCCCCAAUGACGACUUUUACGUCCCCGUUUUACGUUUUACGUCCACGUUGAUGAUGCUGUAGUUGAAGAACCGGCCCUUUAUCCUCAACUUGCACAUCCUUGCGUUGAUCGGCUGCCACUUUAGACGCGUUGGCGCAUCUUACCCAGUACUAUGAAGCCGGUUCUAAGCUCGCUGGUGGUGCCACAACUCUGGUAGAAAGUAACCGCCGCGAAGUUCCUGCAGCGCUACGACUUUGAAGUUGCGUGGAUGUAGCUUGUCGUAGAUUAUCCUGUCGCAUCCUGGAGAGCAGAGCGAUUUUCAGUUCUAUGUCUCAAGUUUCCAAUCGUAGUCCUUAUUUCGUUGCCUAGGUUCAUGCCGAUUGUUCCGAUCCGUAUUAUCUCUUACGUUGUUUGUAACAUGUUGUUUUCCGGGGCGGCUCGUUGAGCCUUCUACAACCCCCUGUCUCACCGGGUGAUCAGCCGCCCCUAACAUGGAGAUCAGACGCUGUCUUGAGCCGCACCAUCUUGGUGAACAGACGCUCGGAUUGACGAAGCAUUUCCUCUACCGCCGGACUAUGGUUAAUGAUCGAGUCGCAUCUUCUCACUUAGCUAUUGUCGGAUGACAACAUUGCCCAGGCAACACUAACUAGUUGUAUCCAUGUUCCAACCGGCAGUCUAGUGUAAGCAGUCUAAUGUAAUGUCUAGUGUCUAGUGUAAAUGACUCGUGGAGGUGUGAGAUAUGAACUUGUGAGGGCCGAAGCUAUGUUUGACGCUCCUUGCAGGUUGUCAACUCAUGAUUUGAUGCCCGGGAAUUAAAUUAUUCUACCCCUUAAAUGCCCGACGGGUAAUUUAAUGUACCCACGAAUAGAAAUUCUUGUAACUUUGACAACUUUCAUCCGAUUUCGAUAAUUUCAGCAUCAAAAGAUUCAGUAGCUUCUCAGCGGUGAUAUGUCCUCAAAAUGGUCCUUUCGGAACAGAUUCCAACUGGGACUUCUAGUGCCCAUAAGGAAAAAUUAAAUAAUACAACAUCACAUACCAUCCAAUAUGGGUAUUUUUAGAACUGGGAUGAUGUCUAGAGAUCAGAAAACGAUUCCCGACGCCAUUUUGGAUUCUAAAAUGGCGACUUAACGUGUAGGUUAUACUUAUGUGUAAAGUGUAUGUUUUUUUUUUCGGAAAGACAAAAUUAUUAUCUACAACAUUGCCGAAGACGUUGCACCAAUCAAAAAAAAAAACCGUUUUGACCCUAAAAAUAUUUGUAGUCAUGAAUACCCUCCCAAGCUUCUCAAAAAUGAGUCGUGUACCAAAAAAUUCAACCAAUAGCAAAAAAUGGCAUCUUUUGCCUAUAGAAACGACUAUACAAAGUUUCAGCCAAAUCAAAAAUGGUCGAUUAAAUUAGCUGGCCGUUUUUUGUAGAGUUGCUCCAAUAAUUUAUCUUUCUUAUUUUCAAUGACUAUAAUGCAAGUCAAGCUAUUUUUAUUUCUGAUAUACGAGCCCAUUGAUUGUUAAAAGUAAUUCAGUUGACCUGACGAGUAUUUUACUAUAAAAUUGGGGUUUGCUGUAGGUUUAUUUACCAUAUUUAUUUGAUUUUACAAAAAAAUGUAGAAGAUCACUUGGUUGAACUUUCAGCAAAUUUAGUUGCGUGACCCUGAACGAGGCGCGUGACACUUUUCUUUAGUGUAUGACAGCUCUUUACAAGAAUGAAAAUUUAGUGUAUCCGAAUAGGUACUGUGUUAUGGAGCGAAGAUACAUGUUUUAAAAAGAAAACGGUGGAAGCGUCAGAUAUAUUGUUUAAGCUAAGAAUCAUAUAGAUUUCAGAAAUUCAACUUUUUCUUUCAGUCACAAUGCAAAGCUACUAUACAAUCACUUUAAGAUGUCAAAUGCUAGGGUUCACACUACGUAAUGGCAUAGGAUGCUACUACCGAUUUGAUUUCUGCCAUACCGCCAUCAGGACAGUGCGAAUUAAUUAUUAAGUACAAAUGAUGCUACACAUAAUUAUGUCAAGUGUCAGCAGGUUGACAAAUGUUGGAUAAAAUUUACAAUGGUCCAAAUAAUCAAUCAUCUUGCCAAUAUAAUAACACAUUUCGAAAAAAUCUUGAAACAAUGUCACCUAUUGUUGGUGAUGUAUUUCAAAGUCCAAAUGUUGUAGAUUGGUUCUUGGUUUUGUUCUUUGUAUUUUUUUUUUUUUGCUGCUGGAAUAUAAAUUUAAAACUUGGUAUCAUCCGUUAAAACUGCAGAACAAAUAUCGUACCAUCGGAUUCAACGGUUUAAAACCAUGAGCUAGAGGUUAACUGGAGUAUUCUGGAAUUUUCUGUCAUAAGCGAUGGAGGCAAUUUUGUGUAUGUAAUUCGACACAAAUUUUGGCACUUUUUUCAGUUUUAAAUUGAUUUGUUCCACAUCUAGCAAAUUGAAUAUUUAUAAUAUCACGUGGGAGAUUUGAAUCGCUGCCUUUGUACAGCUGUUUCUUGAACUUAUUUAUGGUUGCGAAAUAAGUUGAUGAAGCUCCCGUCAGAGGUUUCAGAUUGCUUAUUAUUAUUUUCUAAAAAUAGUAACUGUGCUCUGUUGAAAUGAAAUUGUAUUAAUCAAUUCCCUUUCGGCUGCCACCGAAUGUAAUCGAAAUAAAUUAUUUAUAAAAUUGAUGUUUCCAAUCAACUUCGACAAUCCGAUUGGAUCGGAUUUGUGACUCCUUGGCAAUACAAAACUAACAACCGGCACAGUUUUACUCGAUAAUCGAAAUCGUUCCUUUUAUCGCACAGUCAUCAUGAUUAAGCACGCGCGUUGAAAUACCGCACCCAAAUGAGCAGCAUCCUUCCCCACUGUUGACAACCGGAGAGACCUACAGAGAAUUCCGUCAGAGCGACGAACUCAUACACAUUGUUCCGGGAAACUGCGGCGGUAUUGUGUUGCGAGCUGCAUUGUGAUACAUCGUCACUAACGGCGACGACGACUGCAACUAUGAUGAUGAUGAUGAUGAUGAUGAUGAUGAGCAGUGAUAUGUACCAUUUCAGUCCUCACCAACGGACGUAAUUUACAACCGUCGGCGUUUUGGGUGGAAAGUAGAUCACAUCAUUUAAGCUUCGCGUUUCGGUUGCUUCCUACAUUUAGUGAACGCAAGCACAAAAGCGGUUGAUUGAGAUUAUUAUGCAAAAGAAUCAUGCCACGGGGGUUUAACUAGCGUUGAUGGACGUUGAGCUUAGUUACCAGGCAAAUAGGGAAAUUUGUGCGCGAUAGCACAAGAGACAAAAGGAUUUUCGAAUGACUGAUAAUGAUUCCAUAGUGAUAAACUAGCUGGGUUUUAAGAUUGUUACGCUUGGAGGAGUUUUACUGCGAUGAUUUGGGGGUACAAGUUAGAAAGGACGGGUCCGUAUUGUGUUUCUAGCUAAGAGCUUCCGGGUCAUGAUUUAUGAGAUAAAUUACCAGUGUUAUUGUUGGAAUCAGUUUUAGAUAUUACGUUUCGGUACUACUAGUGAACUAGUAGUACAAAUUUUGGCAUAAACGUUUCUUCAAACGAGAGGCCAAUUUUCCGUUCUACUUACCUCCACAAAAGCUCAUUUCCUGCAUCAUUAUCCGGUGCACUUCAAACGACACGACAGUAUGAGCUCUAUGUACUGAUUACAGGGCAACCACCCAGCAGGCAACGAACCGGCCAAGCAUCAUCACAAUUACGACGCAUUUCCCGUAGGGGAAUCCCUACCGGAACUUCCAAAGCACAGCCACGUCUCGCUGCAAUUAGCGUCAGAUUCCGCCGCUUCCUGUUCCGCAACUUGCUGCUCUGUUGCUGACGGCGGCGGCGGCGACGACCCACCACCAACCAGCCAUACAGACAAUAAUUGCACCUGCAUCAGCUGAUGCACAGAAGUCACGAUUGCUCCGGCAGUCAGUGCACUUAUCGCUCAUUUCACCCGUGCAUUGGUAGGUACUACGUACCGCAUCACAUUAUUAUCUCGGAGGAAAAUGUGCUCUCUGCACUACACCUCUGUUAAAACGGGAAAAAACAACGCUUUGUGCUUUGGUUGCCUGUUCGGAACACCACCCGGCUGCCUUUACGUAAGGUUACGUGAACUGAGCCGGUGUGGGUGUAUGUGAGAGCAGACGGCUGUGUGUGGCAGAGGAUGCAGAAAGUGGCCUUGAGCAAAAGAAAAACUUAUUCCAGGUAGAAUACCGGGAAAGUAGCAUUUUUAUUUUUGCUCCGUAGCCUCCAUAGAAUUAAAGUUACCGUUCACCUUUGGCAUGGUUGUAGCGCAUGAAAUUGUUUAUUGGAUACUUUGCUUUGACGCAAGUUGAUGAAAUUAAAGGAAAAAAAUACGUACUGUUGUUCUUCUGCGAGGAAAUGUCGAAGUUUUGACGGUAGCACUACGUCUUUCUACACAGUAUUGGGGUGGAAACUAAAAUGAGUAUGCAACGUUUUGAGAAUGAUCUGAUCAUACAACUGAUUAGAUCCGGCUAGGAAUAUGAAGAAAUCCAGAUUUUAUACCUGCAGCAGUUAAAGCUAAUCGUGCAGUUGUAGAAUUUAGACUUGUUAACCAAACUUAACUCAAUAAUCAAAUUAAACCUGAUUUCUGUCAUCGUCAAACAAUAUAAUAAUAGUGAAUCAAAUAUCCUGAAACACUUUCACGACAUCACAGUACCAACAAUCAAAACUUCCGGGAUUCCCAUUUCACCCAUUUCACUCAUAAACAUCCGCUUAACUUUAGUCAUGAAACUCGAGAACCUAAUUCACCAAGCUCAAACAUCAUCCAGCAGCAGCAGCAGUUGCACACCAAAUCUCGACAAAACUGCAACGGCAGAAGAAGUGAGGUACAGGUUCCAUUUCAGUGGUACGUACCUACUUUCGGAAAACUGUUGCCAUCCUGUGUUUUUUUUCCACCUCACACAAAGUGUACGACUGUUGCACUUUCUGCAUCGUUCAGUUACUAGUAGUUUGUGACUCAUUAGAGUAAUGAGUCGCUGAGAGUGUUCGAGCGUUAUUUUCCAUACUUUUUUGUGCAUGCUCCUACCGAAUGCAAUCCUGAACCGGUGCAAAAAGAAAUAAGUCAUUAGGUUCAACAUUGCCAUUUGUCGCCGCCGCCGCCACCGUUGCUGCCAGGCUGCUUAACUGUUGUCGAUCCGUAUCGCUGUGCCGCUGUGCCUAGCAGUCGGUUCUAGGCGCAAUAGAGUUGUAAAUAGCUUAUCCAAUUAGGCAGGGAGCCCGGUUUUGGGCCGGGAGCCAACGGGACGGGGCGAGGAAAAACUAGGUUAGCUGGUAAUUUAUUUUGUAUUCUGUAGGAUAAUGGAAAAAGUUGUACAGCAAGUAGGCAACUGCACAAUGUAAAAAGUUUCUCUCCAUCUAUGAUACUCAACACUAUUCGCGCGGGAGUUUGUAGUAAGAAUAAAAAAAAAACAACGAUGAACACGUUUUGUAAAUAGUAGAAAAUAUGUAAAAACAAGAAUAAAAUUGCAAACAUUGAAGCAUAUGAACGAACAUAUCUAAUCAAAACCUAUUCCAGCUUUAGUUAAGGAGUUAAUCAGUUACCUUUCACGUUGAGUAGUAUCCGAAGCAAAAAGCUAAACUACAAUUUUUCCGUUAGCGCUUUCUACUGUACCACUACAAAUAUACACUCGAACAAAUUCUAACGCCCUUUGUAGGCAAACUCUAGCAAACCUGUACAAAUUAUCCAAUUAAUAACGAAUGCAUAAAGCUACAAGUAGAAGAGCACGAAUAAAAGCAUAUCUCAUUUCCAAAAAAAAAAAAAACAAAGAAGAAAAAUACCGAGUAAUGUUAUCAACUAGUCGCAUUGAAAAAAAGCAAAAGAUUCUCACCGAUCGCGUCAUACAAGUAGGACGACAUUCUCUAAUCGAAUGAUCUGUAGGAAUGUAGCGAUGCUGUAAAAAUAAAAUAAAACUCAAAGUGAACAUAAGCUGCAACCACGAUAAUCCAUGUAAAUUACUAGUUGAACUGUUUGCUCAUAAUGAACUACACAACAGAAAAAAAAGCCAGCGCACUAGAAGAAUCAUACGCCGAGACAUUGUUUGUAGUUUAGAACUAACUAGCCUUUAUUGGUUAUGGUGUGCAGAAGUUAAUUGGAUCGGAAAUGAAGAUAGUGCUGGGUUUAAACGAGGGUGUCGACGUUAGAGUGGAUCGAACAUUUGUGAUUACCGGCCGUUUGGCUGACGGUUUGCAGAAGACACAAUAAAAAAACAGUAUUUUGAAUGAAUAUAAUAAA